AUUCAAAACGAACAACACUCCAAAAGAUUCUACACCCACAAAUCUUUUCACAGAUUUAACGAAUAAUGUUGACAGAAAAUAAAUCCUAAUAAUAAUCCCUUAAACCAUCUUCUCUCUCUUACUCUUUCUCUCUCAUACAUUCACGGAUGCACGCACACUGAUCACACCCAUCGUCCCAAUGGCAUUCAACAACACCAGUUAACCUUCAACCCCCCCCCCCCCCCCCCCAAACCCAUUUCACAUUCAUGUCGAUCUCCACACCCACAUACGAUGAAUACCCAUCAUCAUCAUCAUCAACACCAAGAUCAGCAAAAGUCGUCACUCUGAUCCGUCAAUUCACAAACUCCAUGAAAUCCAACGGCUUAAAGCUCAAAGACCGCUGCAAAAAGCCCACUCAAGUCCACGCGCUCACUAUCAACUCCAUUUUAUCAUCUUCUUCUUCUUCCACUAGUGAUGAAUCGAUUAAUAGUAUUACCAAUUCAAAAUCUCAUCUUCCAUACGGGUUACCCGAUUCCACCCUAAUUGAACCUCCAAUUGACCCCUUUUUACGCCCCGUUGACUUUGUUGACUCCAUUUCCGAUCUUUACACAAGAAUUGUUCAUUCUUGUUGUCAUGAACCUGGGACUGAAUCUGGGACUAAAUCUGGAACAUGUUGUGGGUUGUAUUUGGAGCAGUAUGCGCUAUUGUGCGCACUGGGUGAUGUGAAGUUGGUUAGGAGGAGUUUGCAGUGUGCUAGAGAACAUGCGGUUGAUGUGCAUUCGAAGGUUGUUUUGUCUGCUUGGCUUAGGUUUGAGAGGAGAGAGGAUGAGCUUGUCGGUGUUUCGGCUCUUGAUUGUAUCGGUAAGGUUCUCGAAUGCCCGAAAUCGGCCUUGGUUGAUGGUGGUUUGAAUUGUUUUCGGUCGGUUUUUGACCGCUGUCUAUGUGUUUGUGAAAAUGCCUCUGAGAAUGUUGAUGUUAAUAAUGUUAUUGUUCGUGCUAAUAAUGUUGUUUGUACUAAUAAUGAAGAUGAAGAAGAAGAAGAAAUUGUGUGUUUUUGUAUUGGUAAUGAGGUUGUUAGUUGUGUUAGGGGGAAAAUCGCUUCGUUAUCCAGCCCGUUAAACACGUUGUUGUAUGGUAGUUUUGUCGAAUCAGUAAAACAAAAGAUUGAUUUUUCGCAAAUCGGGAUAUCUGCGGAAGCAAUGAGGGGUGUGGAAGCGUUUAGUAGAACGAAAAAGUUGAUGGAUUUCGUUUCUCCGAGUGUAGUUUUGGAGAUUCUAUCGUUUUCGCAGAAGUUUUGUUGCGAGGAAAUGAAAUCAGCAUGUGAGGUUUAUCUGUCAUCGUUAGUUUCCAACAUUGACGAUGCAUUAUUAUUCAUCGAAUACGGUUUUGAAGACAAUGCGAGUCUGCUUGUAGCGUCUUGUUUACAAGUUAUAUUGCGAGAGCUUCCGGGUUCGUUAAACAACCCGAAAGUGCUAAGCUUGUUUGCUAGUCCGGAAUCUAUGGAGAAGUUAAGUACGGUUAAUCACGCUUCGUUUUUAUUAUACUAUUUCCUUACACAAGUAGCGUUCGAGGAAAAGAUGACAUCAUCAAACGCGAUCAUGCUUGUAGAACGAUUAAUCGAGCUUGCAACAGAAAAAUGGCAGAAAACACUCGCAUUUCAUCAGUUAGGCGUUUUGUUAUUCGAAAAAGAAGAGUAUAAAACCGCUCAAAAUUGUUUCGAGGCAGCGUAUGAAAUGGGUCACGUUUAUUCAGCAACCGGUAUUGCCCGAACAUUGUAUAAGCAAGGGAAAACGUAUUUAGCACGUGAUUUAAUCAACAAGAUUAUAUCGGACUGUAAAAGACCGACCGGAUGGAUGUAUCAAGAACGAUCUUUAUACAAUCUCGGAACUAAAAAGCUUCAAGAUUUGGAACUAGCGUCUAAAUUAGAUCCGACACUUGCAUACCCGUAUAAAUACAGAGCCGUAUCAAUGGUGACGGAAAAUUUAGUCAACGAAGCUAUUCAAGAAAUCAAUAAAAUUAUUCGGUUUAAGGUUUCUCCGGAUUGCCUUGAAUUACGCGCAUGGUUUUAUCUCGUUCUCGAAGAUUAUCAAGCUGCUGUGAGGGAUAUUCGGGCGUUAUUGAGUUUAGAGCCUUGUUAUAUGAUGUUUCAUGGUAAAAUGAGAUGUGAUCAUUUGGUUGACUUAUUGAGUCAACGAGUCAAACAGUGGACCGCUGCUGAUUGCUGGCUGCAGUUAUAUGAUCGGUGGUCCUAUAUCGAUGACAUCGGCUCACUUGCAAUAAUUCAUCAAAUGAUGUCGCAUGAACCUGCAAAGAGUCUUUUAAGGUUCAGGCAGUCCUUACUUCUUUUAAGAUUAAACUGCCAAAAGGCGGCAAUGCGGAGCUUGCGAUUGGCGAGAAAUCUUGCGACCGCAAAGCAUGAAAGACUUGUUUACGAAGGAUGGAUUUUAUACGAUACUGGAUAUCGUGAGGAAGCUUUAGCUAAAGCUGACGAAUCUAUUUCGAUUCAAAGAUCAUUUGAAGCGUAUUUUCUUAAAGCGUAUACACUUGCAGAUGCAUCUCUUGAUCCUGAUUCUUCUUCCGUUGUUAUUCAACUUCUUAUUGAUGCUCUUAAAUGCCCUUCAGACGGGCUUCGGAAAGGACAAGCAUUAAAUAAUCUCGGUAGUAUAUACGUGGACUGUGGGAAGCAUGAUCUUGCGGCAGAUUGUUAUAUAAACGCACUUGAUAUAAAGCAUACAAGAGCUCAUCAAGGUUUAGCACGUGUCUAUUCUCUUAAAGACGACAGAAAAGCUGCAUACGAUGAAAUGACAAAACUGAUUGAAAAAGCAGAAAAUAAUGCAUCCGCUCAUGAAAAACGUUCUGAAUAUUGCGAUCGCGAUAACGCUGUUAACGAUUUAUAUAUGGCAACUCAGUUGGAUCCACUCAGGACUUACCCUUACAGAUAUAGAGCUGCAGUGUUGAUGGAUGAACAAAAGGAAACCGAAGCUGUCGAAGAGCUUACAAAAGCCAUAGCGUUUAAACCCGAGCUACAAAUGCUGCAUCUUCGAGCAGCGUUUUAUGAGUCGAUGAGUGAUUACGACUUAGCGUUAAGAGAUUGUGAAGCGGCACUCUGUUUAGAUCCUAAUCACAAAGAGACACUCGAGCUUUAUAACCGAACACUAAAAGAAUCUGCCGAGUUCUAUACAUGAGGUUGUUGUGCAGCUAUUGAGGGCAUAAAAAGACGUUUACGCCCUCCAUUGGUUCAAUCACACGACUGCAGAUUCGCGCCCAAAUGUAUGAAAAAGAAGGGACUGAACAGGAAAUUUUGGAAGUUGAAAAUCUCAAGAGUUUAUGGUGGUAUGAUUAUGAUAUGACAUAUUACAUGCAUUUGAAUGUUUGAUUAGGGUUGUAAAGAGGGGUAAAAAGGAAAUUUCACACGUACCACCCUUGGGAAUCUUGUUGUAAGUUUAUUGUUGUAUGCUGUAAAAUCAUUGUUUCUUCAUUAAAUUCUGAAUGUAGACUUCAAGAUUCUCUUUUUAAUUAUUAUUUUAUUAUUAUUAUUA